AUGGUAUCCCUCAUGAAGGGUGAAUGUAAGAACGUCGUCCACACAGACUAUCACAGCGUCUCCUGCGUGUACUCCUGCCUCGAAUACUUCGGCUUCCGCGCUGAGUUCGCCUGGGUGUUGAGUCGAACUCCAAGACUACCGGGGAAUCGGGAGAACGAGUGCCACUCACGUUUCAGAGCCAUGGAUGUCGAUCCAACCAAGAUGACCCUCAUCAAGCAGGGAGAGAGUUGUCCCUACUACAAGAAACUGGACCAGUUGAUGGAGUUCAACAGAUUGUUGCUUAAGAAGAACCUGGGUUUUGAAAGCACGGCGGAGAGCACUACCCUCCAGGAACCUACCACAGCAACUGUUCCCACCACCACUACCACCACCACUACCACCACCACUACCACCACCACUACCCCUGCUACGAUUCAUCCCUCUAUCAACACCCUCCCAGAAACUACAAUUCCGUCAACCACCACGACAGAUCCACCAGACCCCACUGAAGGUCUGCCUUCUACCACCACUGCCGCCGCCGCCACCACUCGAGCAGUUACAGAUCCUGGCACUUUUGGACUACCAGAUACAAAGCAAGUGGGAGCCACCACCCAUGAUAUGCUGACUGAGGUGGGGCACGAUGCAGAUGCUGAGCCCAUGAAGAAAGAACACGCUGGGUUCCUAAGCAACCAGACAGUCUUUAAUAUUGACAGAGGAAGUGCAGUGAACCACACUGACGAAGGUCGUCCAUCGCACCUUAGUUACAACGAGUCGAUGACGUUUGAAGAAGUGUCGUGGAAGGAGAAGAGUUUAUCUGUCACCAUCACUCCUACUGUACUAACCUUACAACUGACUGUGUUGUUUACCUUGUUACUCUGAGAUGCCUGUCACCCUCGUUCUCACCAUGCUGCCGAUGAUUGUUAUCCUCCGGUCAUCACUGCUACAGCCCCAGAGAUGGCUGUCACUACCAUCCUCCAGGUGAUGCUGGUUCUGGCCAUCACUGUUACAUUCCCGGAGAUUAGGUGUCAUCAUCUCCCUGUUAAUUUCCUAACAGAAUAUUAAAAAUCUUAAUACUUUUGCUGAAACAGUUCUCUGUUAAUUCAGAUUCAGCCCCCCUUAAAUCAGGGAUAAUCACAGAUAGCACUACAGACCACUACCCUACCUUCCUCCUGACAAACAUUAGUAAACCACCACUUGAAUACAACAAAGUCUCAUUUAGACUCCAUGACGAGGCCUCAGUAAGGAAGUUCACAGCUGACCUAGAGACUGUUGAUUGGCCUACAGAAUUCUCCAAGGCCAAUGGUAUUGAUGACUGGACAGACAUCUUUCUUAACAAAUUACUUAGACUAUACAACAAACAUUAUCCUAUAAAAACAAAACAGAUCACAAACAAACGGCUUGGUUGCCCAUGGCUAACCAGCACCAUUCUGAAAUCCAUUGACAAGAAACACCAAUAUGAAAAGCAAUAUAGACAGGGCUUAAUACACAAAGAUACUCUUAAACACUAUUCAUCAGCUCUCACCAAAGUAAUAAAAAAAGCCAAACAACUAUACUACUCCAGUAGAUUCACAGACACUAGAGGAGAUAUAAAAAAGACCUGGAAAACACUCUCAGAUUCUAGGGACCCACAA